UCCUGAUUGAGAUUUAGGUUCGUUAUCGAGCUGUCCAUCUUGAAUGUGGCAUCUCCAAUACCGAUACACCCAGCUGCAACUACGAAAACUGCGACCAACAUGAGCAUCCCUGAGUUCCAGCACACGAUGAUUGGGUCCAUUCCGGACCGCUGCGCGGUCAUUCGAAGGUCUUUCUUAGCUCACAAGACUCGUCCACUGGAGUUUCGCCUAAAGCAGCUGAGAAAGCUUUACUGGGGCCUGAAAGAUAACGAGCCCGCUAUCAUGAAAGCAUGCAAGAAAGACCUGGGAAAGUCGUCUUUUGAGACCUACAUCUCCGAGAACGGCUGGGUCAUGAAUGACAUUAUCUUCGUUUGCGACAACCUUGCCAAGUGGAUGGAAGACGAAAAGGCCCCUGACAUCGACUUCGUAAAUAGCUUCCUUAAGCCCAAAAUUCGAAAAGACCCACUCGGAGCUGUCCUCGUCAUUGGAGCCUACAAUUUUCCUUUCCAGCUCUCGCUUGGGCCGGUUAUCGGCGCCAUUGCGGCAGGAUGUACAGUUGUCCUCAAGCCUAGCGAGAACGCACCAAACGCUGCGGCUGUGAUGGAGAUGAUCUUCAAGAAGUAUCUUGACCCUACUUGCUACACUGUUAUUCAAGGAGGUGUUCCCGAGACCACCGAGCUGCUUAACCAAAAGUGGGACAAGAUCUUCUAUACUGGCAAUGACGUCGUUGGGACUAUCAUUGCAAAGAAGGCUGCGGAAACCCUCACACCAGUCACCCUAGAGCUCGGAGGCAAGAAUCCAGCUAUAAUUACCAAACAUGCCAAUCUCCGCAUCGCGGCUCGACGGCUGGUCUGGGCGAAGUGCUUGAACGCUGGCCAAGUGUGCGUGUCACAAAAUUGGAUUUUGAUUGAGAAGGACUGCUUGCCACAAUUCGUUGUGGAACUGAAGAAGGUGUUUCAAGAGUACUUCCCUGCUGGAGUGAAGAACUCACCAGAUUACGGCCGCAUCAUUAAUAACAGGCAGUGGACACGUCUCAAGAAGAUGUUGGAUAACACCAAGGGAAAGAUACUCAUUGGUGGAACAAUGGAUGAAGCGGACCGCUUCCUUGAGCCGACAGUGGUUGAGGUUCAUGAUCCUCAAGAUUCACUUCUAACCGACGAGUCGUUCGGUCCCCUCAUUCCCAUCUAUCCAGUUAAGGACCUGGAUGAAGCCAUAAAACUUGCUAACGAGUGCCAUGACACACCACUUGGUGUGUAUCCCUUCGGAAACAAGGAGGAGGUCGAGAAAGUUUUGAAGAACAUUCGAUCCGGUGGUGCCUCCGUCAACGAUGGCUUCUUUCACGCUUCAAUUCCGACUUUGCCAUUCGGUGGUGUAGGUACCUCUGGUCAGGGCGCGUACCACGGCCGUGCAUCUUUUGAUUGCUUUACACAUCGUCGUUCUAUUACCGUCACCCCUAAUUGGAUGGAGGCAAUGCUCGCGGUUCGCUACCCACCAUACGCUGGGAAACGCGAGCAAUUCGAGCGUAUGGCUGCUAAGAAGCCUAACUUCGACCGUGAAGGCAAUGUCAAGGUUGGCCUUCUCUCGUGGAUUCUGACACUCGGUGCCGGCUCAAAGGGUGGCGCGAUCGUGAGAUAUCUGCUAGUUGCAUUAAUUGCCUUUGCGUAUAAGCAAUAUCAAGCUCGAAAAUAGCGUCUUCACUUGAUAUUAUAGCUAGGUGGCGUUGUUCGUGGGGAGUAAGAUAUGCUCUGUGCUUAAAAUUAGUCUAUUGGCGCUCCUCAACGUCUAUUCUCUUAUGUUUAUUUAACCAGGUUCAAAAUUUGCUAUCCUGAUCGCGAUAUAACCUCGAUUUUGAUUUGAACAUUAGCUUGUGUACACAAAUGCACGGUUUUAAACCCAAGAGAAUGUUGUUCGACAUAAAAUAUUCAUUUCAUCUCGGAUUAGCCGCGCGUUCAAUGGCUGCUGCCGCUUUUUAUUCACCGUUUCGAGUCUAAAUUCUGCAAUAAUGAUAACGAAGAAUAGUAUCUGAAUACACGCACAUGACGG